AGUCAUCCAUCCUCCUAUUAUAUAUAUAUGUAAUUAAUUAAUUACUCCUGCAGUUCCAAAUUCAUUGGUCACCAACAUUAUAUAUAUAUUAUAUAGAACACCCCCAAGAGAACAUAUAUCCACACACACACACACACUCAAAUUGUCCAUUGCUUCAAGAAUUUCCCACUCUCCCAAAGAACAUGGAGUCGGUCAAGAAAAGUUCUGGGGCAGAAGAAGUGAUCACCGUCGAUGUUCAAACAGCUAAAGAUCUACUAAAUCUAGGCCAUCGCUAUCUUGAUGUAAGGACUGAAGAAGAAUUCAAGAAUGGUCACGUGGAAAAUGCCUUGAACAUCGCAUACAUGUUUAAUACUCCAAAAGGCAGGGUGAAGAAUCCCAAAUUUAUUGAUCAGGUUCUUGCGUUAUGUGCAAAGGAAGAUCAUAUUCUUGUGGGUUGCCAAAGUGGGGUUAGGUCUGUGUAUGCAACUAUUGAUCUUAUUCACUCUGAGUUCAAGCAUGUGUACAACAUGGGAGGGGGAUACAUUGCGUGGGUUGGGACAGGAUUUGCAGUUACAAAAGAACAUCGUAAUGUGGAGCUCUGAUUGCGUGGACGAUAGUCUCAUGUCGUUAUUUCAUAUAAUUUUAGCUCUCUAUCUAUUGUAAUAAUAUUGGAACAAGCUUUCAUCUUUUGUGUAUUAAAUAAAAGCAUUAUCCUUAUUUAAUAAAGUUGCUCCUUGAGAUAACUCAUUUUUCACUUUUUUCAGUAGAGAUAGAUCCAUC